AUGGCCUCCAGCUCGCGAGACGCCCUCGCUCGGAUCUCAGGGCCGGACUCGAUGGCCAAACCGGGAUCCGCUGCGAACGGCCCACCCGUCGACACCGACAUCCCCCUCAAGAAGAAGAAGAAGCACAGGGCGGGCAAAAAGCGGCGCAAUCGUCGCCAGAGCUUUGCGGCCCCGUCGGACGCGCCAACCGAGGAGGAGGCGGCGGGCGAGCGGCCGAGUCUGUUGGAUAUGCAGCGAACGUCGGCGAGUCAGCAGGCAUCCUUCUAUCGCCUGUCCGACAACCGAAGCAACACCAGUCUGGAGAGUGAGGCAUUGUUGGAUCAUCGCGAUCAUGGAUCCGCGAGAUCCAGACGGGAGACGCUCAAGUCCGGAUUUGCACGGGUCGCUCUGCCAUUCUCCGCACGACAUGGCAGUACUCCAAAUCCACAUCGCUCUUCUGAUGCCUCAACAUCUGGUGCCGGCGUAGGUGUCACCAGGUCCUCGGCUAGACACCGGGGGCAAGGAACAGCGGUGGCGAUUAGCGAGGACGAGGAGGACGGCGAUCCAAACGAUCAGACGCCUCUGUUGAGUAGGUCAACGCGUACUCUGCGCCCAGGAGACUCGCGACGCAACAGCGCGUCUGCCUAUGGUAGCCGGGGUGGGCAUAUGCGCAAGGCGUCGAAAUCCUCCCAAGCCAGCUCCCGUCCUCGAGGACUGGAGAUGCUCACGCACGCACGGAAUGCUCCAGCGGAGGAGACGCGCGAUGUGAACAAUCCUCCGUCUAUGCCAGGUUCGCCGAUGGUGGGAGCAGUGGAGGAUCCAUUCAUGGCGGGACUCGGCUCAAUGGGCUCAGAGCGAGGACGAGACACGCUCAUCAGCAUCGACGACGACUCGACCAGCUCAAGGCGAGCGAGUCGUAGGAGACCUACGGUGGCGGAGCUGGCCGAGAGGGAUGUCUGCUUUCCGGCAGAUGGGGACUCCGAGGCGUGUGAGGGAGAGGAUGAAGCUCAUCACGACGAAGCCCACCACUCCUCCUCGCGUCGUCAUAGGACACGGAGGCGAGCUUGGCCGGACCUGGAGGUGCUGGAGGAAUGGUCGCGCGAAGAAAAAGAGGAACGCACCCACCAGGACUUCCUCCGCGCAAAGAAAAUCUCCGAGCCCGUCAUGGUUGGCGGUCGUCUACGCCCUGCAAAGACCGUCUGGCAUCGAGGAGUGGAGGACGAGCCCUUCCGCUUUACUUACUUCAAUGAAACUCUGGACGGUACCAUUCACGCCAGAACCAUUGCAGACCUGCAGGACGACAUGACCUUCAAGGAGCUCUUCCUCCCCGAUCCAGUCGRGCUGAGUGAUGAUAGUGACGACGAGGACACUCCCGAAGAAAACUCCAUCAUGCGGCCUUCCAUCCAAGCCCAUCAUCGUGCCUCCAGCGACAGCAGGGCCAACAAUGCAGAGGUCAUGUCCACCAACGGCGACAUUCCCCCUUCAAUCCGUGCCGGCUCCAUUGCAGGGACCACCAAGAACGAAUCAGCUCCUGUUUCUGGACGAGACACUCCAAAGCAAACGUCACAUCAACAGAAGCAAUCUCGUCCAACAUUCUGGCUUGAUGUCCUGAAACCGACAGAGACCGAAAUGAAGGUUUUGUCGAAGGCGUUUGGAAUCCAUCAAUUGACCGCUGAAGACAUCCUCAUGGAUGAACCCCGCGAGAAGGUCGAGCUCUUCCAAUCCUACUACUUUGUCAACUACCGAACCUUCGAACAGGACAAGGACUCCGAAGAUUACAUGGAGCCCAUCAACAUGUACGUGAUUGUGUUCCGGGACGGAGUCAUCUCAUUCCAUCACUCAAUGUCACCCCAUCCCGCGAAUGUGCGAAGGCGAAUCCGUCAAUUGAACGAUUACAUGUCUCCCACCGCCGACUGGGUCAGUUACGCCAUCAUCGACGACAUCACUGAUGUUUACGGUCCAUUGGUUUCGGAGAUUGAGCAAGAAGUCGACAUCAUCGACGAAGAUAUCCUUUACAUGCACACCACUGCCGCCGACGCUGCAGAUCAAACAGGAGUAAAACAAAAGCCCGUCCCGAAGCAGAUCAAAGACUCUCGUCUUGGAACCAAGAAGACGGAGCGGUCCAGCUCUGUGGUCAGAAAGGAUGACGAGGAAAAGCCUGCGGAGAGCGGAGGCGAUUUGCUGAGGCGAGUCGGCGAGAGCCGCAAGAAAGUCAUGGGACUGUAUAGACUCUUGGGCAACAAGGCAGAUGUCAUCAAAGGAUUCGCCAAGAGAUGUAAUGAGCAUUGGGAGGUUGCGCCGAGGAGUGAGAUUGGGUUGUACUUGGGUGAUAUCCAGGAUCAUAUUGUCACCAUGACGGGUAACCUGGCGCAUUACGAAUCGUUAUUGUCGCGAGCCCAUGGCAACUACGUUGCACAGAUCAACAUCCGAAUGAACGAGCGAGCGGAACAGAACGCUGAUGUCCUCGGGAAAUUGACAGUAUUGGGAACGAUUGUGUUGCCGAUGAACAUUAUUACGGGAAUGUGGGGUAUGAACGUGUGGGUUCCUGGACAGGACAUCGAGGGAGAUUUGACGUGGUUCUUUUGUAUUACCGCUGGACUCGGCAUGUUUGCUAUCGUGUGUUAUGUGGUGGCGAAGAAGGUUUAUGGCAUUGUUUGA